CGGGGGUUGUUCGAAUGCCAACAAUGAUAUUGUACCACCACAAAACCACGACUCACGUAGUAUAUAACACAUCUAAAGGGCUUAAAGAGCGCGUACUUAGGUAGCCGUCGCCAUAACUCCAUUUACUGCCCCCCAGUACGCUCCAAACGCACCCACCGCAAAUAUGAAUGACCGAAACCAGAACCCCUUAGACGACUGGUCUAGUGAUUUCUAUUUCUCGCCGCCCGGCUCACCAAGCUCAUUCCGCUCUGCCAAAGAGUGCUUGGGCUCGGAACCCAACCCGGACGAGGUGACCUUCAACUACGUAACAUACAACAUUGAAGACCUCAAGCGCAACAAGCCCACCCCCUCAAAGGCUGACCCCCUCUCAGGGAGUUUUGACCCCGACGCGGCCCGGCUGAUUAUCUCUCCCGCCACUUUCGAGGACUCCCCGCGGGAUCCCACACGGCACACAACCGCCGGCCCGGCAGUCGUGGGCAAAGAACCCGAAUGGGAAUGGAUCUCCACGCCCGACGGUCGGAGCGGGGAGGGUCUGGGGAGCGAGGAGUGGGAAGUGCGGGACGUGACGCCCCGAGAGAGCUGGGAGCUGCGGACCCUACAUCCCGCGACGAGAACGCGCUAUCGCCGGCGGUCUUUCGAGCUCGAUUACGGCGUUGGGGAGGUAAGAUGCAAGACGCCCGAGGAAGUGGAAGACGACUACGUUGUCCCGCGGGGCAUCGAGUCCGAUGCGGUUGGGCACCCGCGUGCGUCUAUCUCGGGGAGGAGGCUGCCGCUGGUGAUCAACACGGGAGUGAUCAGCACGACCCCUCCCGGUAGCCCUCCGAAUGUUAAAAAGGAGUGGUGGCUGCAGUAGUCGACUUGGGGUGGGUAUAUUUGAACCGCAUCGGCUUCUUCCCGGGCUGCAACGUAUCUCUGACCCGCAGGGCGUAUUCGAGCCUGCUCAAGUUAUCCCGCCUGACAAAAUGAAACGUAAUCUAUUUCUUUUGAACAUGAAAACCGUGAGUUGUAGUGUGAAAUGUGUGUC